AUGGAUAAUAAUAAUAAUAAUUUUUCAACACCUAAACAACCAACGAUAAAUUCAACUACUGGCGGUCAAUUAAGGUCAAGAUCAAAUUCAUCACCAUCAACAUCAUCAAUAUCAACACCAAGAAAUGGUAGUACCACUGCUACUACAUCAUCGAUAACUAAUAGUAUUGGUAAAGGAUCAUUGGUAUUCUCAACGAUGGAGAAUGCAAAGAAAACCUUAAAUAUGGAUUCAUUAUCGACACCAAUGUCACAAUCUUCAAAGAAAAGGCUAUCGAUGAAUUCAUCACUACUACCGCCAUCAUCAAUUCCCCUACCUCCAUCACAACAAUUAAGUGCAAAAAAAGAUCCUUCAAAACGUCAUUCAUCAUUCAUAUCAACAACUACAACUACAUCACUAGGUUCAAGACCAUCAACACCUCAACCAAAUCAUACCACUAAUAAUAAUAAUAAUAAUAAUAAUGGUAGUAAUGGUAAUAAUGUAACAUCAACAAAUAUUUCAUCAAUGUUAGAGAGUAAUAAUUCUGAAAUUUUAAGUCAAAAUCAAAAAGUUACACUUUCAACAUCAAGCAAUACAGCAUUUAGUAGUUUACCUUCAUCGACAAAUAAUGGCAAUAAUCCACUUAGUAAUAGUGGUGGUGGAAAUGGUAAUCAUCAUUUAGUAAAUUCAAAUUCAUCAACAUCUACACCUUCACCAACAAUGUUUAUUUCUACAACUUCACCACCACCAGAAUUAUCAUUAAUGGAAGGAUUUAAUCAACAUAAUCUCACAACUACAACUACAACAACUACGACUACAACUAAUAAUACUUUAAAUACAAGUAAUGGUAUUAAUAGUAAUAGUUUAUCACCAAGUUCACAUUUAAACAAUGGUAGUAAUAAUAAUAAUAAUAAUAAUCAUUUAAAUUUAAAUAAUAGAUCAUCAUCACCAUCACCAACACCAUCAUCAUCAUCAAUUAGUGGUAGAAGAACACCAAUUCAAAAUUUUAAUUCAGUUGGUGGUGUUAAUAUUACAUCAAAAACUCAACCAUUAUUUAGUGAUAGAGAAGAAAGUAUUCAAGCAGUAUGUAGAUUUAGACCAGAGACAGCAGCUGAACAAACAUUAGGACCAUCAGAGAAACAAUUAACAAUUGGAACUGAUCAAACAACUAUUCAUAUUACACCAACAUCAUCAUCAUCAAGUUCAAUGGCACAAGCAUUUAGAUUCUCAAAAGUUUAUCAACCAAAUACUACUCAAGAAUCAUUUUAUAAUGAAGUUGGUAAACCAUUGAUUGAUAAUAUUGUUAAUGGUUAUAAUGUUGGUAUUAUAGCCUAUGGUCAAACUGGUGCAGGUAAAACAUUUUCAUUAGGUUUCUCUGGUGGUGAGGGUAAUGAUUCUUAUAAUUCAUAUUGUAAUAGAUCUGAAUUUUAUAAUAAUAGUCAUUAUUUAUAUGGAAGCCAACAGCAACAACAACAACAACAACUAUUACCAUCAUCAUGGGGUAUUAUGCCAAGAAUUAUUAAAGAUUUAUUUAUUAAACAAGAUGAACAACAAUCAAUGAAUACACCACAACGUAUUAAAUUUACAACUAAAAUAUCAUAUUUAGAGGUUUACAAAGAGAAAGUUUAUGAUUUGCUAUCAGAGGGUGGAGUGAAUGAUAUUGAGAUUAGAAUGGCAGAUGGUGGAUUUAUAGUACCAGAUGCAGUUCAAUCAUCAAUUCAAACAUUUACAGAUUUUCUAACACAUUUACAACAUAUUGAAAAGAAUAGAAAGAUAGCAGAAACCAAAAAGAAUAUGGCAAGUAGUAGAAGUCAUGCAAUAUUCAUAGUAUCAUUGUUAAAGGAAGAUUUAGAGAAUAAAAUGACCGUUACAUCAUUGUUGUAUUUAGUAGAUUUGGCAGGCUCUGAAAGUGCAUCAAAAAUCGAUGGCACAACAUCAAAGAUUGAAGAGACAAAAUCAAUCAAUAAAUCAUUGUAUGCCUUGGGUGGUGUGAUUGAAGAUAUGUCAAAGAAUUCCAAACAUGUUAGAUAUAGAGAUAGUAAGCUAACUCAAUUACUACAACAAUGUUUUGGUGGUAAUUCAAAGACAUGUUUAAUUGUAAAUUGUUCAAGUUCAAAUCAUGAAUCAGUCAUAAGAGAAACCAUUCAAUCUUUAAAUUUCGGUCAACGUGCUCAAUCUGUUAAGAAUAAACCAUUACAAAACGUUGAAGAAUCUCAUUCAGAAUUGAAAGCAAAAUUACGUGAACUAAAUAAAGAUAUUGAAACCUACAAGAAAUUCAUAGAGAAAAUUUCAAUUAAUAGUGGUGUAAUACCACCAUCAUCGGUUGCAACCUACAUUACACAACUACAAAAUGCCUGUGAAGAAUUAAAAAAAAAGAAUGACCGUCUUCAAGAGGAUAUCAUUAAUUUAGAGGAAGAGAAUUCAGAUCUACCAAAAAAAUUUAAUGUUUUAAAUAAAAAUAAUGUAUCACAAAUUGAAAUCCUAACACAAGAAUUGGAGCUUUCAAAACAAAUAAAUCAAGAGCAACUCUUAAAGAUUGAACAAUACUCUCAAAAAUAUCAAGCAACAAAUGAAGAAAUUCAAAAAUCAUUUAAUCAUCGUCAACAAUUAGUAAAUGAUCUUCAUGAUUCAAAUGAAAAAUCCAAACAAUUGGAAUUAAAAUUAAAAGAUGCUUUAUUGAAUUCAAAAUCAGAAUCUGAUGAAAUUCGUUUAAAAUUAACAAAAGCUUUAGAAGAAUCAACUGAUAAAGAUCAAAGAAUAAAUACAUUAGAAUCAAAUAAACAAAAAUGGAAAUCAAAAUGUAAUGAGGUCGUACGUCAAUCAAAAGAAUUACAAGAUCGUUUAAAUAUUUUACAAAGUACUUAUUCAAAUUCAGUUGAUUCUUUAUCAAAUUCAUCAUUAAAUAAUAAUAAUAAUGAAUCAUUAGAAGAGAUUAAAAAAUUAAAAUUAAAUAUUUCAUCACUUACAAAUCAACAUAUAGAACGUGAGAAAUCCCUUCAAAAAGAAAUUGAUUUAGCGAGAUCAAAACAUACUGAACAAACUUUAAUUUUAAAAAAUUUAAAAACUCAAAUAGAUACACUAACAAAUAAAUUGGAAAUUCAAUUCCCAACAAUUGUAAAUAAUAAUCAACAACAACAACAAUCAACACAAUCAUCAUCAUCAUCUUCAAUUGAAAGUAAUUUAAUUAUAUCAAUGAAUACAAUUGAAGUUUUAUUCGAAAAAAUCUGUAAAAAUCAAGAACAAACCAAUACAAUCAUUAGUACAAAUGUUGAAUCAAUCAUGGGUAAAUUGGUUGAAAUCGAUGAAAAUGAAGAAUUUAUAAGAAAAGAAAAAGAUAGAGAAAGAGAAAGAGCUGAAAAUCUUAAAAAUACUUUAGAAGAUGCUCAGUCAAACUUUUUAAAACAACAAGAAGAAAUUAAACAAUUUAUUGAAACUCAAUUAAAAAAUAAAAAUAAUAUUAAUAAUAAUAAUAAUAUUAAAAAUAAUAAUAAUAAUAAUAAAUUAAAAUCAAAGAAAGUUGGUAGUAGUAGUAGUAGUAGUAGUAAUAUAGGAAGUAGUAUUUGUAUAAAUAUUUUAUUCUUUUUAAUAAUUUUAGUUAUCUUAUUCUUUUUAAUGGUUGCAGUUGGUUUAACAAUCCAAAAUCAAGAUUAUAACUCUCAAUACAGAAGUUCUUAUUUUUUUAAAACAACUUAA